AAACUCCAGGGGAAUUUGGACUGUCCCAGCUGAGAGCUGCACAGGUUCCAGGCUUCAAUUCAUUCUCUGCUUUACUAAUUGGACAUCUGUGACCGUUAAGUCAAAAUGUCACAAAACCCAUUGUCCGAAGAUGAGAAAUUCCUAUAUGUGGACAAAAACUUAAACAACCCUUUGGCACAGGCUGACUGGUCAGCUAAAAAAUUGGUUUGGAUUCCUUCUGAGAAACAUGGAUUUGAGGCUGCAAGUAUCAAAGAAGAAAAGGGAGAUGAGGUGGUGGUGGAAUUGCAAGAAAAUGGAAAGAAAGUUACUCUCAGUAAGGAUGAUAUCCAAAAGAUGAAUCCACCAAAAUUUUCCAAAGUUGAGGACAUGGCAGAACUGACGUGCCUUAAUGAAGCUUCUGUGCUGCACAACCUACGAGAGAGAUAUUUCUCCGGUCUGAUAUAUACAUAUUCUGGGCUCUUCUGUGUCGUGGUUAACCCUUACAAAGCUCUUCCCAUUUAUUCUGAGAAGAUCAUUGAGAUGUACAAAGGAAAGAAAAGACACGAAAUGCCACCCCAUAUCUAUGCAAUAGCAGACAAUGCAUACAGGAGUAUGUUACAAGAUCGUGAAGACCAGUCUAUCCUGUGCACGGGUGAAUCUGGUGCAGGAAAAACAGAGAAUACCAAAAAAGUAAUUCAGUAUUUGGCCAUGGUGGCUUCAUCACAUAAAGGAAAGAAAGAUGCCACAAUUACUGGAGAGCUUGAAAAACAACUUCUUCAGGCAAAUCCCAUCCUGGAAGCUUUUGGUAAUGCCAAAACAGUGAAGAAUGACAAUUCCUCAAGAUUUGGUAAAUUUAUCCGCAUCAACUUUGAUGUAACUGGCUACAUUGUUGGAGCUAAUAUAGAAACUUAUUUACUUGAAAAAUCCCGAGCAAUUCGACAAGCAAGAGAUGAGAGGACCUUUCACAUAUUCUACUAUAUGAUCUCUGGCUCAAAACCUGCGUGGAAAGAGGAAUUGCUGCUUGAAGGUUUUGGAGAUUAUACAUUUUUAUCUCUCGGCCAUGUGCCAAUUUCUGGUCAAGACGAUAGUGAAAUGUUUCUGGAGACAUUAGAAGCUAUGGCAAUUAUGGGGUUCAAUGAAGAUGAACAGCUAUCCAUGAUGAAGGUGGUCUCAUCAGUUCUCCAACUUGGUAACAUUGUCUUCAAGAGAGAAAGGAAUACAGAUCAAGCAUCCAUGCCAGAUGAUACCGCUGCUCAAAAGGUCUGUCACUUGAUGGGAAUCCAAGUGACAGAUUUUACAAGAUGCAUAUUAACUCCACGUAUCAAGGUGGGACGAGACUUUGUACAGAAAGCCCAGACCAAAGAACAGGCUGAUUUUGCAAUUGAAGCUUUAGCCAAAGCAACAUAUGAACGUCUCUUCCUCUGGAUACUGAAUCGAGUGAACAAAGCACUAGACAAAACAAAAAGGACUGGCGCUUCAUUUCUUGGUAUCCUUGAUAUUGCAGGUUUUGAAAUAUUUGAGGUCAACUCAUUUGAGCAGCUGUGUAUUAACUACACCAAUGAGAAACUCCAGCAAUUGUUCAACCACACCAUGUUUAUCCUGGAGCAAGAAGAAUACCAGAGGGAGGGGAUUGAAUGGAACUUUAUUGACUUUGGUCUUGAUCUACAACCUUGUAUCGAGCUUAUUGAGAGACCAAAUAAUCCCCCUGGUGUAUUGGCUCUGCUGGAUGAAGAGUGUUGGUUUCCCAAAGCCACAGAUGUCUCAUUUGUGGAGAAAUUAAUCCAAGAGCAAGGAAGCCACAUUAAGUUUCAAAAACCCAAACAGCUGAAAGAUAAAACCAUAUUUUGUUUACUCCACUACGCAGGAAAGGUGGACUACAAUGCCACAUCUUGGUUGACCAAGAACAUGGACCCGUUGAAUGACAAUGUAACAGCUCUGUUGAACCUGUCAUCAGAUAAAUUUGUUGCAGAUCUAUGGAAAGAUGUUGACAGAAUUGUAGGUCUUGAUCAAAUGGCAAAAAUGACAGAAAGUUCCCUUCCAAGUGCUUCAAAAACUAAAAAAGGCAUGUUCCGUACAGUUGGCCAGUUAUACAAGGAGCAGCUAAACAAACUGAUGACAACGCUACACAACACAAGUCCGAACUUUGUGCGCUGUAUAAUUCCAAAUCAUGAAAAACGGUCAGGAAAACUUGACGCACAACUGGUACUGGAACAGUUGCGAUGCAAUGGUGUCUUGGAAGGAAUAAGAAUCUGUCGUCAGGGAUUCCCCAACCGAAUUGUAUUCCAGGAAUUCCGUCAGCGAUAUGAAAUCCUUGCUGCAGGUUCUAUACCUAAAGGGUUUAUGGAUGGCAAACAAGCCAGUGUCCUCAUGAUCAAAGCUCUGGAACUUGAUCCAAAUCUGUACAGGGUUGGCCAAAGUAAAAUUUUCUUCAGAACUGGUGUCUUGGCUCAUCUAGAGGAAGAACGGGACUUGAAGAUCACAGAUAUCAUUAUCGCUUUCCAGGCGCAAACUCGUGGUUUCCUCGCAAGAAAGGCUUUUGCAAAAAGACUACAGCAGUUAACUGCAAUGAGAGUAAUUCAGAGGAACUGCGCUGCUUAUUUGAAGCUCAGAAACUGGCAGUGGUGGAGACUGUUUACUAAAGUGAAGCCCCUUCUCCAGGUGACUCGUCAGGAAGAAGAAAUGCAAGCCAAGGAUGAUGAGCUUCAAAGAGUUAAUGAGCGAUUUGUUAAAACAGAGAUUGAAUUGAAGGAGAUACAGAUGAAACACAUUCAGUUGACAGAAGAGAAGAAUCUUCUUCAGGAACAGCUUCAGGCCGAAACGGAGUUGUUUGCAGAAGCUGAAGAAAUGAGGAUACGGUUACAGGCCAAGAAGCAGGAGCUGGAGGAGAUUCUUCAUGAAAUGGAAGCCAGGAUUGAGGAAGAGGAAGAACGCGGACAACAGUUGCAGGGCGAGAAGAAGAAAAUGCUGCAGCAGAUGCAGGAUCUGGAAGAGCAACUAGAAGAGGAAGAAGCUGCAAGACAAAAACUGCAGCUGGAGAAAGUUACAGCUGAAGCCAAAAUAAAGAAACUAGAGGAUGACGUUCUUAUCAUGGAUGACCAGAACAAUAAAUUAACAAAGGAACGAAAACUCCUAGAAGAAAGAGUAAAUGACCUGACUACAAAUUUGGCAGAAGAAGAAGAAAAGGCAAAGAACUUGACAAAAUUAAAAAAUAAACAUGAAUCUAUGAUCUCAGAACUGGAAGUGCGUCUGAAGAAAGAAGAAAAGAGUCGUCAAGAGCUUGACAAGGUGAAGAGGAAGCUAGAAGGGGAUUCAAGUGACCUUCAUGAACAACUUGCAGACCUGCAAGCACAGAUUGCUGAGCUGAAGUUGCAGUUGGCUAAGAAAGAAGAGGAGCUGCAAGCUGCACUUUUAAGGCUUGAAGAUGAAACAGCUCAGAAAAAUAAUGCCCUGAAGAAAAUCCGUGAGCUGGAAUCUCAUAUCUCCGACCUCCAAGAAGAUUUGGAAGCAGAAAGAGCAGCAAGAAACAAAGCAGAGAAAUUAAAGAGGGAUUUGGGUGAGGAGUUGGAAGCCCUAAAAACCGAGCUGGAAGACACUCUCGACAGCACCGCCACACAGCAAGAGCUCAGAGCAAAGAGAGAACAGGAAGUUACGGUACUGAAGAGAGCACUAGAAGAGGAGACAAGAACACAUGAAGCUCAGGUCCAAGAGAUGAGGCAGAAACAUACCCAGGCUGUAGAAGAGAUUACUGAGCAACUGGAGCAAGUUAAAAGGGUUAAAGUCAACUUGGAAAAGAGUAAACAGGGCUUGGAGAAGGAAAAUGCAGACCUCAUUGUAGAAGUAAGGUCCCUCAGCCAGACAAAACAAGAAGUGGAACACAAAAAGAAGAAACUGGAAGUACAACUGCAAGAGCUCCAGUCUAAGUAUGGAGAAGGAGAGCGAAUUCGCAGUGAACUUACAGAGAAAUCACACAGACUUCAGGUUGAAUUGGACAAUGUUACUGUUAUACUUAGUGAAGCAGAGACCAAAACUAUCAAACUCUCCAAAGAUGUCACAAGUUUACAAUCCCAGCUCCAGGACUCUCAGGAGUUACUCCAAGAAGAAACUCGACAGAAGUUGAACGUUGCAACCAAGCUACGUCAAGUGGAGGAUGAUAGGAACAGUCUGCAAGAGCAGCUGGAUGAGGAAGCCGAAGCCAAGCAGAACCUAGAACGUCACAUUAGCACAUUGAACAUUCAGCUCUCAGACUCAAAGAGGAAACUGCAAGAAUUCACCAGUACGAUUGAAACUAUGGAGGAAGGGAAGAAGAAAUUCCAGCGAGACAUUGAGGCUAUGACUCAACAAUUUGAGGAAAAAGCAUCAGCAUUUGACAAACUGGAAAAGACAAAGACCAGAUUACAACAGGAGCUGGAUGACUUGGUAGUUGACUUGGAAAACCAGCGGCAAAUGGUAUCUGGCUUGGAGAAAAAACAGAAGAAGUUUGACCAGAUGCUGGCAGAGGAAAAGAACAUCUCUUCCAAAUAUGCAGAUGAAAGAGAUCGAGCUGAAGCAGAAGCCAGAGAGAAAGAGACCAAAGCUUUGGCGUUGGCCAGGGCUCUAGAUGAGGCUCUGCAAGCUAAAGAGGAACUUGAGAGAGGGAACAAACUACUCAAAGCAGAGAUGGAGGAUUUGGUCAGCUCUAAGGAUGAUGUGGGCAAAAAUGUACAUGACUUGGAGAAGUCUAAGCGGGGCUUGGAGCAGCAAGUGGAAGAGAUGAAGACACAGCUGGAAGAAUUAGAAGAUGAGCUUCAAGCAACAGAAGAUGCUAAACUUAGACUGGAGGUGAACAUGCAAGCUCUGAAGGCUCAGUUUGACAGGGACCUGCAAGGUAGAGAUGAGCAGAAUGAAGAGAAGAGAAGGCAGUUGGUGAAACAGGUUCAUGAAUUAGAAACAGAACUGGAAGAUGAACGUAAACAGAGAACCGUGGCAGCUGCUGCUAAGAAGAAGUUAGAAGUUGACCUUAAAGACCUUGAGGGACAAGUUGACUUUGCCAACAAAGGUCGGGAUGAAGCCAUCAAGCAACUCAGGAAGUUACAGGCUCAGAUGAAGGACUUCCAGAGAGAUCUCGAUGAAGCCCGUGCUGCCAGGGAAGAAAUAUUUACUACAGCAAGAGAAAAUGAGAAGAAAGCAAAGAAUAUGGAAGCAGAACUUAUCCAAUUACAAGAGGAUCUGGCUGCUGCUGAGAGGGCACGAAAACAGGCAGAGUUAGAAAAGGAAGAACUGGCAGAAGAACUUGCAGGAAGUUCAACUGGAAAAUCUGCUCUGCAAGAUGAUAAGCGUCGCUUGGAAGCCAGAAUUUCUCAGUUGGAGGAAGAACUAGAAGAGGAACAGAGCAAUAUAGAAGCAAUGAGCGACAGAAUGAGGAAAGCUGUACAACAGGCAGAGCAAGUGAACAACGAACUAGCGACUGAGCGUAGUGCGGCUCAGAAGAAUGAGAGCGCUCGGCAGCAGCUGGAGAGACAGAACAAGGAGCUCAAGGGCAAACUGCAAGAGAUGGAAGGUGCUGUCAAGUCAAAGUUCAAGUCAACAAUUGCUGCUCUGGAAGCCAAGAUUGCACAAUUGGAAGAAACAGUGGAACAGGAAGCCAGGGACAAGCAGUCAUCACAGAAGACAUUGCGCCAGAAGGACAAAAAACUAAAAGAAGCCCUUAUACAAGUAGAAGACGAAAGAAAACAAGCAGAGCAGUACAAAGAGCAGGCUGAGAAGGGAAAUACAAGACAGAAACAACUCAAAAGGCAGCUGGAGGAGGCUGAGGAAGAAUCUCAACGAAUUAACGCCUCUCGUAGAAAAUUACAGAGAGAGCUGGAUGAAGCAACUGAGAGCAACGACGCAUUAACCAGAGAACUCAGUGCGCUGAAAAGUAAACUCAGGCGGGGUAACGAGCCAUCGUUUGCACCCCCACGGCGAUCUGGGGGGGGCAGAAGAGCGGUAGAUAACGCAGCUGAUGGGUCUGAAGAAGAUGCUGAAACACGGGAUGCAGAUUACAAUGGAACAAAAGCUAGUGAAUAACUUUACUCCCUGCCACACCACUUGCCUUUUAUUUAUCACUGGAGACGUUUUAUUUAACCCUUUUUCAGCCGCAGAGGAGUUUGCAACCAUAUGUUGCUUGCCACUCUGGCAAUGAAGUUAUGACUAAUGCAAGUGCACCCUGUUUAUGAGAUACUGUAUAAAUGCAACAUUAAAACUGCGGCAGAUUUUUUUUAUUCUUCGAUGAAAUCUAAUGUCCUUUACAGGGGAUAAGCAGGUGCAUUUCUUAGAUAUUUCAGAAGCUUCAUGUACACACACAGGCACAUAAUCUGCAGUGUUCACAGCAUGGUAUUUUUUUUAGGCUGGGACGAACCAUUGGCAAUGUGCAAGAUACGGACAACGAAAAAAGUAAAAGUCUGACCUACUUCCCCCUACACAAGACCUGAUACAGAUAUAGUGUCAAGGCUGAAAUAACUUUUUUUAUUUUUUUAUAGGUUCUAAUGCACAUUUCACAAAACAUCCAAGUGCCUAUCUCAUCAUUUGUAUGAAAACUAUAUCUAAUUUUUAAUAAAGACGUAAAUCGCACAGUUUAAUAGAGCACUGAUUGUGCAAAAUGCAACUUCCACUGGUACAACUAUAAAGCACAAGAUAUAACAUUGGCCUUUCCUAUUGAUUUCACACGUUUCUAAGGGUAUGAUGAAUAAAGUAAUUGUUUUAUUUUUAUUAUUUCAAGCUGACUUCUAAUCCAGCCCAUUGUGUUACUAAUCUGUAUUUAAUUGAUAUGUGUAAUUUGGCUUCUCUAAUAAAAUAACAUUUUAUUGCA